AUGAGUUCCCUCCAAUCCUUCUUUGCGCUCAUCCCACUACAACUUCCUGACCUGCGCAUAUCUGACGACGCGGCUCCUCCUCAGUGCUGUGGCUUGUCUUGCAACCUUCCUCUCCCGCCUUCCCCUCCCACUUGGAGAUUUGGGGGGCACUUCCUUCCACGUCGCAAACCAUUUCUUAUCGUGGCGGGAUGGAUUAACGAGUACGGUCCUGUGAUCACUAUUCGAUCAAGAUUUGAGAAGAUUGUUUACAUCGGGCGUUACAAAGCUGCUGUGGAUAUUAUGGAAUGUCAGGGCAAAUUGGUAGCCGGUCGUCCUCCCAUGAUUUCUGCGGGGAUAUCUAGCGGCGGAAUGGGCUUCGCAAAUGCACCCUCUGGAAACAGGUUAUAUCGGAUGCGUAGAACACUUCAUUCUUAUCUCCGGUCCAAAGCAGCUAAGGCCUAUCAGCCCCUGCAAAUGUCGCACGCGAAAAACAUAGUUGUUGGCAUUCUCGAUGAUCCAUAUAACUUCCAGCGCCAUGUGGUAACUUAUGCUGCAACGACAAUUAUGAAAGUUGCGUACGGGAAGAACACCCACACGAGUCGUGCAGUUCAACGCCAUGACGCUUACCUGGUGGAUUCAAUCCCAUGGCUCAAAUAUCUUCCUUGGUAUGGCCGGGACUUGAAGCUGAGAUUUGAAAGGAGCAAGAAACUUCACACCAGUGAAGUGAACCGCGUGAAAGAGCAGAUGCAUAAUAACGAGGACAUCGGUCCUUCGUUCACGAAAUAUAUGCUAGAAAAUAGCCAUAUCUACGGUUUCACAGAGACUGAGAUAGCCUUUCUUGCUGGUAGCUUUCUGAAAGCUGGAUCACAAACGACCUCUAACACCAUGUGCACGGUGCUCAUGGCAGCCGCAUGUUUCCCUGAGGAGCAAGCUAAAGUUCAGGCCGAGCUCGACGCGGUCAUCGGAUGGCACCGAGCACCGACUUUCGCCGACCAAAAAUCCCUUCCUCGCCUGCAAGCAUUCAUCUCUGAGGCUUUGAGAUGGAGACCUCUGGUUCCCGAUGGAUUGGCUCACCAAACAAUUAAAGACAAAACCUAUUGUAUUCCAGCUGGGACCACGGUAUACGGCAACGUUUGGUCCAUCUGUCGAGAUCCAGAUGUCUUCCCGGAACCUGACGCGUUCAAACCUCAGCGCUGGAUUGAUGGCCAAAGUAGCCUGAGAGACGAUAUAAAAUUGUUUGUCUUCGGGUUUGGUCGUCGCGUAUGCCCUGGCCAACAUGUCGCGAGCAGAUCGGUAUUCAUAACUGCUCUUCUUGUUCUUUGGGCCUUCAAGCUCACUCUGGAUCCUACGAAGCCAUUAGAGGACAUGGGGUUUAUGGGCGAGUCGAUGCCAGAUAUCCGGCCGUGCGAAUUUGAGUUUGAGAAGAGGAUUCCGGAAACAGAACUCAGGCGCAUGAUGCAAGAUUAUCCUGAAGUUGCAUGA